ACGCUGGUAGCGUACGGUUCGCCGAUCGUUUGACACUACUCAAUGAAAGGCAAGUGUAGCGAAGAAGCUCCUGGCUUGUUUAACUGCUGUUUAAGAGACUAGCGCACAGUCGGUCGAGAUAUCAGUAGAAAUACUGUAGGGACGCAGGCGAGGAAAUUAGUUUUAGUUGUGACAGCAACGAUAGCGGACUGAACAUAUUCGUGUGCAUAUCAAAGCGUGGCUGAUUUAUCGGUCGUAAAUUUGACUAUAACAUGGUCUAUUAUUGUUAAUAGUGUCAAUACGCCGUGAACUGGUGCGCGUGAUUGUUAGUGGAAUUAAAUAAAUAGUUAUUACCGUAAAAUAAGGUGUAUAAAAAAGAUAUUGUUGGCGGUUGAAAGCGCAUUGAGGAGAAUAAAACACAUUGAAAGUUUAACGAAGAUUUAUGACAAUAAGGUUUAGUUAAAUUUAAUUACACCAUUAUCAGGACUCCUUGAGUGACAAUUUAGCAAUUCUUCUGAAUGUGGAGUGUUCGAUUUUUCUCCUAAUUCUCACCAGUUAGUGUGUAAACAUUUGAUCGCAAAUCAGGCUAAAUGUACAAGUUUGAAAUUGCGAGAUAAAGCCGAGGAUUUUUUCAUGCUGGUACAAUGAACGCCAAUGUCCUCUCCACCUAGUCGAUAAAUUAUCAGGGUAGAUGAGUCGCGUCAUUUUUGUGUUACCACAAAAAUAAAGAGGGACGGGAUAACGUUUGAACCCUGUGUUAUACCUAUCACAACUCGGCUGCUGGCGGCAUAGCGCACACGUUGGUGAUAGCAAUAUUUGUAUACUUGGAAGCUAAAACAGGGAUUUUAUACACUUGAGGACAAUUUUAGAUAAUUUCAAAGCUUAAGGUGUUUGUGUUUCAGUGAAAAAUACGAUCAAACGCGUUUUGGAUGUUUAUUUAUAAAAAUAAUAUGCAGUGAAAUUAAAUUGCUCUGGUUUUGGAUUGCAGAAGUGAAAUAGUGACUGCUGGAGUGCACUCGGAUAGAAAAGAUUAAUGAUGGCUGCAUUGAAAAUUCUUGUCAAUGUGUUCUUCCUGUCCUGUUCAAUAGCAACGGACCUUCGUGAUGUCCGAGGCCCACCCCGUCGCUCUGGCGAAUAUGAACCCCGCCAAGUGGCGCAGGUCGGCCAGGAUAAGAAACGGUUCCAGUGUCCAGUGGAACCCGACAGCACGACCAUCGUCCAAUGGUACAAGGGCGAGGACUUGAUUGACAACUUCUGGACCAGAUACAAGGUCACAAAAGAAUCGUCGCUUAUGUUGCGCAUUAAAGACGUAGAGUUGGAGGAUGGGGGAGUGUACAUCUGCAAGGUGUCCAACGGGUUCGGACAGAUUCAGUUCAACUUUACUCUGGUUGUUAUAGACAAAGACAGGGGUCUUGUAAAUGAAGGGAACACCAUCUACCCUCAGGGAGGAGCCUCCAGCGAGGAGGUCGUUGCAGACGGUGCCAAACCUUUCUUCACGGAGGUCGAUCGUAUGAUGAACAAGCGCGAUCAUCAUCGACCUCUUGGGAGCACCUUACGACUUCGGUGCAAUGCAGGCGGUGACCCACCCCCUGAUGUUCAAUGGAUCAAGGAUAGCACGCAGGUUUUGAGUUUCAGCGAGGAAGAAAGCGCGUCUAAAAAACACUGGACGCUGAAGUUACGGAACCUCAAAGAAAGCGACAGCGGGAGCUACCAGUGUGUUGUGUCCAACAAGCAUGGCUUUAUUAAUUUUACAUAUUCUGUAGAAGUUAUAGGGAAGAUUGAUACCCAGGCCACGCUGAUAGGACCCGACCCGCUGAAUGAGACAGUCCCUAUUGGUGGUUUAGCAACCUUCCAGUGCAAGGUGAAGAGCAAAGUAAAGCCCCAUAUUAGGUGGUUAAAGCGCCUGGACCGGGACACGAUCUUCAACACCAACGACUCCAUCUUCGAGGUCAAGGAUGAGAAGUUCCUUGUUCUUAAGACGGAUGAUGUUCACCCGCGGGACGGGUACUAUGUCAACAAGCUCAUCAUCAAGAACGUUAAACAGUCGGAUGUCGGCAUGUAUAUAUGUCUGGGGACAAACACUCUGGGAUACAGUUUUAGAAGUGCCUUCUUGACUAUUAAGACAGGGGAUGCUAUUGAGGGUUGGGACGACAGACCUCGCACCAUAAACACUGGAUACUCGGACAAUCACAAGCUGUCAGGCAGUACUGGUAACCCUGGUAACGGCAGCUUGCCACUCAUCAUUGCCAUACCUGCCUGUGUGGCGGUGGUGAUAGUAGCGGUCGCAAUAUUCGUUCUGAAGCGGCGGAGGAAGUGCAACACGCAGGCCAAUGCUCGGGCCGCGAGUAGAAACACUAGGUUUAAUGCUGUGCCUACUCAGGAGAGAGACAAUUUUACACCGCAGCAGCCUUUUCAUCAAACCGUGCCAUUGGCCCCUGUAGUCACGCAGAAAGGGCCUCCAAGUGGCGUGAGAUCUGUAUAUGUUGACAAGAUGUCGUCCCAAAAUCAUAGUCUUGAUUUCUACUCAGACAUUUCAUCCGUGUCCCGCUGCCAACAUCAUCCUCAACAGCCGGGUCACCACCCACAUCCAUACAACUAUGGUCAGUCACAAUAGCAGCCUUGUCUUGACCUCGGCUGUAUUGACCUUGAAUAUGUUGACUGCAUAUCGUUCCUAUGGUAACAUUGUACUCAUACUCAAUCACAUUGACAAACUGUGUUAUUAUGUAGGUGUAACUGAUCAAUGUGCUAUUGAAUCGAAGGGUGAACCUCUUGGUUCACCGCCAUUUGUCAUAUUACUGUGAUAAUUUUAAAUCAAGUCAGUGUAGUGAUACGUAGGGUUGUGUGAGAAGAGAAAAAGUAGUUCAUUGAGACGUUCUUUCAGAAUGAUAUUUGUCUAGUAGGUUUAAGAUUUUGUACAGGCAUAUCUGGUAUAUACGUUUACUUGUUAUUUAUUAUUAUGUAUGUGAGUAUUAUAAUUAUUAUAAAGUAUUAUAGAUUUAAAGUCUAUUGAAAUGCACAUGUAUAAAAGUCCAUUCUUGCAUUUUGUAGAGUAUUAUUAUAUUUUCAAUUCCUAUAGUAUUGAAAAAAAAGAUAUAAUUUGAAAUAAUGGACAUGCAAAUCUAACAAAUCUUAAUAUAUAAUUUAAUUUCAUAGCACAAAUAUUUUUAUUUUUUUAAGCAUAAAUAUUUGGAAGCUAAUGAUGGCUAGUAAAUUUACAUUCAUGCGAAAGUGGAAGGAAGUUUUAAUGAUAAAAAUAUCACAUAUCAAUGUUAGGCAUGAGCCAUAGAAAGUCAUAUGUUGCUUUUGUAUUUGCAAAAGAGAGAACACUGUUCUUCCAUGUUUGGAAUUUGCCAAGUGUUUUAAGACUUGUAACUUUUUAGACUUUGAUUUGUGAUGUCUUAGAAUGAUUUUGGAAGAACAAAAUAUUUUCAAUACUGUACUGUACCUUGCAAAAAUGAAUAUGAAUAUUACAGAUUAUAUCUCUUAAAUUGAAAUAAUAUGGAGUCAUAUUAUAUAUACUUAACAACUUAACAUAUUUGUGAAAAGAUGAAGUUUAAUUUUACAUAAUGUAUUAUUUGUUCUCUUAAUUUUUCUGUAUGAUAACCUUGAGAAUAAAGUUCAUUUUGUAAAGCGUUGUUAAACAUUUAUUUUACAUGUGCUUUUUUUGAUGUCAAUGGUGCAUGCAACAAAAGCAAGCAAUCAUGGUGCUAAUAAUUCUGGGCAUUUGGUGUUGUGGUUAUAGCCCUCUGGUGUUUUUUUAUUCUUUGUAAUUGGAAGAAAAAAGACAAUAUCCAUAAAACGAGUUUUAUUUUGAAAUACAGUGAAAUGUGUCUGAAAUAUGUAUUUUAAAGCCAUCUGUUUGAGAUACUCAUAUGUUUUCAUAUUUGUUUAUUGCUAUUUUAUAUUUUUGAAGUAUGUAUUUUGAACGCAAUUUUGUAGAAAAAGCUGUUUAUUUUUGGGGUAAUUUUCUUGUUGCUGAAAAUUUGAUUUUGUGUACGAGUGCUCUUUGAAUCUGUUUGGUUUGCAUGAAAAAAUACAUUUUUGGAAAUGUUGAUAAUUGAGUUUAAGUUGGAAGGUUUCCUGAAUGAAAAGGUGCUUUCUUGAUAGAUGUUGAAAGUUGAAGGUAAAUCUUUGGAAUACAAGGGCCCAUGUUUAUGAAGGUUCUUAAAGAAUUGGUAAUUUAAAUAAAAAAUAAUUUCUUUUCUUUUUUAGCUCAUCUAUUUUUUGAAAAAAAAAAAAGAGCUAUUGUCAUCACCUUGACGUCGGCGUCCGGUUAAGUUUUGCAUUUAGGUCCACUUUUCUCAGAAAGUAUCAAUGCUAUUGCAUUCAAACUUGGUACACUUACUUACUAUCAUGAGAGGACUGGGCAGGCAAAGUUAGAUAACUCUGGCGUGCGUUUUGACAGAAUUAUGUGCCCUUUUUAUACUUAGAAAAUUGAAAAUUUUGGUUAAGUUUUGCGUUUAGGUCCACUUUUCUCAGAAAGUAUCAAUGCUAUUGCAUUCAAACUUGGUACACUUACUAACUAUCAUAAGGGGACUGUGCAGGCAAAGUAAUGUAACUCUGACUGGCAUUUGGACAGAAUUAUGUGCCCUUUUUAUACUUAGAAAAUUGAAAAUUUGGUUAAGUUUUGUGUUUAGGUCCACUUUAUUCCUACAGUAUCAAAGCUAUUGCUUUCAUACUUGCAACACUUAUUAACUAUCAUAAGGGGACUGUGCAGGCAAAGUUAUGUAAAUAUGACUGGCAUUUGGACGAAAUUAUGGGCCCUUUAUACUUAGAAAUUUAAAAUUUGGUUAAGUUUUGUGUUUUGGUCCACUUUACCCCUAAAGUAUCAUAGAUAUUGCUUUCAUACUUGGAACACUCGCAAACUAUCAUAAGGGUACAGUAAAAGGACAAGUUGCAUAACUCUGGUUGUCAUUUUUACGGAAUUAUGGCCCUUUUUUGACUGAGUAACUUUGAAUAUAUGGUUAAAUUUUGUGUUUCGAUCCACUUGACUUCUUAAGUAUCAAGGCUAUUGCUUUCAAACUUCAAAUACUUUCAUGCUAUCAUGAGGUAACUGUACCUGGCAAGUAGAAUUUUACGUUGACCUUUGAAUGACCUGACAUACCACAAUAGACUCCACCCAAACCAUCCCCUGUGCCCUCCCCCCCCCCCCUAAAUUUUUUUUUUAAAGAUCAUCUCACAAAUGACCACCACACCCUCACACUAUACCC